CAUUUUUAAUCUGAACUGAACCACCCCUUUUGCUUUCUUAGCCAAAUCACUAAAAUGUCCAGAUAGAACAAGAACUCAGCAUUCUGCAAAAAGAAGUUAACAGCUGAGAGGAAACAUUCUGGAAUGGAUCCCAAAUAUUUCAUCUUAAUUUUGUUUUGUGGAUACAUCAGUGAUACAUUUUCCUCAAAGAGAGAAGCAAUUACAACAGAGAAGCAACCACAGUCUCCUUUAUUUAGAUCACCAAGGCUAUCUAAUUCAGCUAAUUCUCAAACCACAACAGAGAAUCCUAUGAGUCAACCAACACAGUUCAACCAUGUUUCUCCCGAACAGCCAGUAGCAACUGCUAAAGCUGCUGAUAAACAAACAUCACCAGCUGCCCAUGCUUCGUCUGAAGAACCAGCAGCACACACUUCUGCUGGGCAACCACUUGCCUAUAACAACACUGGACAACCAGUAUCAAUGGCCAACAUGUCUUCCCAACAGACAGCAGUACCCGUGUUUACUUCUGCUGGACAACUACCACCAUCUGCCCAUACUUCUACCAAACGACUGCCACCAUUUGUCUAUACUUCCACUCAACAGCCAUCAUCUGUCCGUACCUCUUCUAGGAAACCAACACCACCAACUGUUCAUAAUCCAACUGUUCAACCAACAAGUGUCAAAAGCUCGCGGAGGAUUACUCCAGGAUUCAUCCUAGAAACUACCAGUAGCAAAACUAUCUCACGUGAAACCAGUGCUAAUUCAAUAGCUGCCAUAUUAAUUGGCGUAAUUCUGACUUCUAUGUUGGUAUCUAUAAUCAUAAUUGUACUAUGGAAAUGCUUGAGAAAACCAGCUUUAAGUGAUCAGAAUUGGGCAGGUAGGUCUCCAUUUGCUGAUGGUGAAACCCCCGACAUAUAUAUGGAUAACAUUAGAGGAAAUGAAGUCCCCACAAAACGUACAUCAAUUGUUACAUUUAUGCCCUGGAAAUCAAACAAAAGCACACUCUUAGCAGAGGACUUGGAAAUUAAGUUGUUUGACUCAAAUACUGAAGAUUCCAACCCCCUCAAAACAGAAAAAACAAAAGAUGAAGUAAAUGGUACAUCAGAGGAGAGUCCUGGUGGAUCAACGAUCGGCACUGCAGUUUCCACUUCAGAUGAUGCAGAUCUGCUUCCACCGCCUCCCCCACUUCUUGAUUUGGAAGAACAGGAGAAUAACCAAUGUGACAAACCCACAAUGACAGUUCUAUCUCCUCUUCCAAAUGCUUCCUCCAAUCUCCCACCGUCUCUGGACUGUCUCAAUCAAGUCUGUAAAAAUCAUAAUACUGAGUUCGAACAAACAUUUCCACCUCCACCUGACUCACUUAACUUGCCCCUGGAACCAGGAGAUUUCAUGAAAAACCAGGAAGAUUCCAACAAUGGGAUCCAGUGUCAGGAGUUCUCUAUUCCUCCUGAUUGUGAUCAGGAUCACAGUGAAUACCUGCCGCCCCCACCUGAAGAACUGUUAUAAAUAUUGUAACUUGCUUUUUAGCUGAUUUUCCAUCUUUCUUAUGAACUCCAUCUUUUGCUUUUCUUCAUGUGAUGAAAGCAACUGGUAGCCAAUUUUGAUUUUUUUUCAGGAACUACCUGAAUCUGCUCAAAGCUCAAAUGCAUAAGUGGAACUUAUUUUUUAAAAAAUGAUGUAACAGUGAUUUAAUCACUGUACCUAACUUUAAUGUAUAGUAUGUUUUAUAGAUGUAUGUAAAUAACUUAGCCAUUUUGGAAACAAGCAAUUUACAUAUACUUAAUAUCACAUAAUAGAUAUUUUUUUCCCUCAAAACCUGUGUAUAAAGUUACCUUGAAUAAAUAACUUUCUGUUUUUCCAUUUCAAAGUUUGAAGUCGUGGGCAGGAAUAAGAAAUUAAAUACAUGAUCCGAGUUUCAAACAAAACUCCAAAUUUUAAAUAAUACCUCAAGUAUUACAUAAAUACUCCAGGGUUGUGGGGAUGAGAAACUAAAAUGCGUAUUUGAGAACACAAAAAUUUCCUUUUAGCUCUCAUUGGAAACAGUAAAGCAAAUCUGUUAAAACAUCAAUGGUUUUUUUUUUUUUUUUUAAGAUUUUAUUUAUU